AUGGCUAAUCCAGCGCCAGAAAAUGUUGAGGCGAAAGUCGAAGAGCUCCAAGUGAACGGAGUCGCCCAUCAAGAAGAGGAAGAAGACGACGAUAAGGUGACACCUUGGGAAGUAACGACGACAAAAGCGACAGGAAUCGAUUACGAUAAACUGAUUGUAAAAUUCGGUUGCCGUAAACUCGAUGAUGACGUCAUUGCUCGUUUCGAACGGGUGACCGGACACAAAGCAUGCCCAAUGCUCCGACGUGGAAUGUUCUUCGCUCACAGAGACUUCGUAGCGAUCCUCGAUCUGAAAGAGCAAGGAAAACCAUUCUACCUGUACACUGGACGUGGUGCUUCAUCGGGAUCUCUCCAUUUGGGACAUCUUGUGCCAUUCAUGUUCACAAAAUGGCUUCAGGAGGUGUUCGAUGUCCCAUUGGUCAUUCAGAUGACUGAUGAUGAGAAAUUCUUGUGGAAUGAAAAAAUGAAGGUCGAGGACGCCAAGAAGAUGGCUCGUCAGAACAUGAAAGACAUCAUCUCCGUUGGCUUCGAUCCCACCAAAACCUUCAUUUUCAAUGAUUUCGAUUACAUGUGUCCACCAUUCUACGAGAACAUUGUCAAAAUCUGGAAGGUUGUCAAUGCGAAUCAAGCUCGCGCGAUUUUCGGAUUCACCCCUGAAGAUUGUAUGGGCAAAGCGGCAUUCCCUGCCGUCGAAGCCGCCCCAUGCUUCGCCUCCUCGUUCCCACACAUCUUCGGAGAGAAGGGAAAGAAGAAUGACAUUCCUUGCCUGAUUCCAUGCGCCAUUGACCAGGAUCCAUACUUCAGAAUGUGCCGUGACGUGGCACCAAGACUGAAGGCGGCAAAACCAUCACUCAUCUUCUCCAGUUUCCUGCCAGCGUUGCAGGGAGCUCAGACGAAAAUGAGUGCAUCGGAGCCGAAUACUUGUAUCUUUUUGAAUGAUACACCGAACCAGAUUAAGAAUAAGAUCAAUAAAUACGCAUUCUCCGGUGGCCAACAAACCGUCGAAGAGCACCGCGCGAAGGGAGGCAACUGCGACGUGGAUAUUAGCUUCCAAUUCCUUCGUUUCUUCUUGGAAGACGAUGCGGAACUCGCCAGAAUCCGUGAACAAUACACGAAAGGAGAACUUUUGUCGGGAGAGCUGAAGGCCCGUGCCACGUUGGAAGUGCAGAAAAUUGUUGCGGAAAUGAAGGAGAGACGGGAUAAGGUCACUGAUGAGACUGUCAAUGAGUUCACCAAAAUCCGCUCGUUGGCUUAUCAAUACUGA